UACCAUUUACAUUUAAUAUUAAAAAGAGAACGAUUGAUAAAGAAGAAUGGCUCAGCGUUUAUUUGCACUGCAAAAAAGUUGAUUUUCGGGCCUUUGCAGCAACAUCCACCAUCCGACUGAUUCCUUUUCGCGGCAGAGAAAAUACGAUUGAGGAGAAUGUUAAUCCGUUCUUUUUUGAUUACGCUGAAAUGGACUAUGGUACUGCUAAAUUUAUCAAGUGGUCGGAGUUAAUUAACAUUGAAAAGAAUUAUGUUAAAAACGACAUGGCCGUCUUCAAUAUGAAAAUCCAAUCCGCUAAUCCAAAUGACGAAAAUGCAAGCAAGUUGCAAUGCGAUCCCAAAGAAUAUUGUAGUGGCUGCAAUAAGAUUUAUUUUCGACUCACUAUCAACAAUGUGGACAAUCUCAUGGCGGUGCGAAAAUCACGAUUCAUCUUACAAAAAUUCGGAUGGGAUUUAACUGUUUUCAAAAGUUUCACGAAUUGUCUUUGUCUUCGUUUAUGUCCUAAGAAUAGGAUUACCCAAACCACACACACCGUGAAAAUCGACUUCAAAAUGACAUCAUCAAUCGCAGGAGUGCAAAACAUCGAAAAGACUCAAAAUGGGACACUUCUUCGACCCCAUCAAUGUUUAAGCAUGGACUCCAUUAUAUCAUGGGAUGAACUUCUUAAAGCAGAAAAUGGAUUCGUAGUAAACGAUUCUGUUUCGUUUGAAGUCGAAAUCAACAUGAAUAAGGUGGAAGAUGGUACACCAAACGCGAAAAAACGUCGCACAGCAAACGUCGCAGCAGAAGCCGAAGAGAAUGCUGUAGCAUUAGUAUGCGCGAUCUGCUUGGAUGAAAUGAAUAACCAAGACCUAUCAUCAACGUCUUGUAGCCAUUCAUUGUGUACGUGCAACACAAACACUGUUCGGCCCAAUAAGCGCUGUCCAAAAUGCAACGCAGAACGUAUCAUGGAAAUGUUGCGUCGCCAAUCGAUGUCAUCUCCAACAGCAAACACUUUAAAUUCAACCACAGUUAUGACGUCGGACACAUAACAAACGUUUUAUUUUGGAUGUCUUAACGAAUUCAAACGAUUAGAAUUAAGUCAAAAGUUUAAAUUCUUACUUAUUAUC